AUGGCAUCUGAAUCUCCCACAAAGCCCUCGGGCAUUGGUUUUUCACGUUCCCCCAUGGAGUCGCCGCCAGGCAUUGCCGCCUUGUUCGUCAUCCGUUUCGACAUCAGGACCGGAUAUGUGGUUUCGUGGAAACGCACCGUACCGGGAGUUGAUGUCGAAGGGGUGGUCGAGUACAAGUCGCUGCCUUCGGGACUGCACCAUGUGACUGAGGAUUUGGUGUACUUCGUCCAUGAAGAGUAUGCCGGAAUCAGCUCGUUCCUCAACCGGCCUGCGGCCGAGGCAGAACGCAAUGCGAACAUGUUUGCCAUCGGAGUCCUCGUCCCUCUUAGCUCUGGCAGACUCGGCAAAAGCUGGAGACAUGCUCCGAGACUCAAGGAGCUCACGCUGCAAUACGCUACGAACAUGUCGGAUGAUCAGCCACUGUCGGACUACUGGGAGGCUUUUCAGAUUGGCGGAGCCGACUCGGCCGCACCGGAUUCCCCUGUUGAUUCACCCGUCAGCCUUCGAUUCCGACCUGGCGACAGACCUGAGGCCCAGCAUCGCAACCGCGCCUUCAGUGACGCAAUAGUGCUGGAGACAUUCAGGCCGGCCCUGACACCCUUCCAUCCUGCGUCGUCGCUCCCUGACUUUAUCGAUUGCUUCGGACCAUUGAUAUUCCCCUUGUACAGGGCAGCCUUGCUGCGCAAGCGCAUCCUUUUCAUGGGCGAGGCCCCGGUGCAUACACCUUGCAACUAUGUCUAUGAUCUCUCUCUGUUGGCAUCUCUGCCGAAUUCCCUUCUGCAAUUACUCCCAACGGACCGCACCCCGCCACUGCGUCCACGUCCACUUUUUAAUAUCGGCAUCCAUGAUAUUCCUUAUCUCGCUUCCUUCGACACCACCCGAACAUCAUUCAAUUCCGAAAAGGAUCCAAGCUGGAUUGCCUGCUCCACAGAUAGCGUGCUGACUAUGAAACCCGAACUUUACGAUGCACUUGUUUCCCUACCCCCGCUGUAUUCACGCCAUGCCGCUGAGCGGACCUUCCCGAAAAUCUCCAUGAUGCAGGCGGCCACCAAACACACUCCAAACCAAUCCGUACAGCUCAAGGCAACCCAACGGGACGCGCGCCGGUAUGGAAUGCUCCGCCGAGGCCUGCGCCAGUUCUCCCAGGACAGACUGGUCUCUGAAGCAGAAGAUGACUCCGAUACCGACUCAACCCUCUCAUCGAGUCCUGUCGUCGAACCCCAAUCUUGGGCCCGGCUCGCGUAUACCUCAUUCAUUUGGUGGGCCUCUGCCGGCGAGAACAGGGACGGCCUGUCCGAAGAAGAAGAGGAGCAACAAAUCGAGCAAGACACCCGACUUCUGGCAAGCGUGGAGAGUCUCGCCCAUCCCCCCUCUAACUCCAUUGGCCGUCGCUCAAUCCACCCCGAAGAACCAGGCCAACAACCCGCGGAAAUCGCGCUGGUAGCCUACUUCCGCCGCCUGACCACACAGAUCUUCGUCACGCUGGCCGGCGCCGUUGCACGCAACGAUAGCCGAGACCGCCACGAGGACGAUUUCGGUGACACAUACAAUGACGCACCGUAUCAAGACGACCCGGCCGAUGACGAUACGGACCUGUCUCUCUCCAUGCCGCGGCAAUCAAUCCCUGGAGAUGACGGCAACACGCCUCUGCUGCGGCAAAGGUCCAACGCCAACAUCUCCUCACACCGCCGUUCCAGAUCCGCGCAGGAGCCUACGGAAUCAGACGACCCGGUCACGAUUACCAUUGCCGAUAUGGCGGAGAUGGGCCUCGACAUGUGGAGUGCCACAGACCGCAUCUUUGCUGAAGAGCUGGUCUCGCUAUGGUGGGGACGGUCUGCCCAUGUAGACAGCGCACGCAUUAGGUGCUGUGGCAUUUCAAUCUUGUAA